AGAACUGCAAGACGCCGAUAUUGCGUUACAUUGUAGCAAAAUGGCGGCUGUCAUUCAGAAUCCACUAAAAGCGUAAGUAAUUUAGACAUUUAGGACAUUUUGAAUAAUUAUUUUGUUGCCAACUUGUAUGUGAAUACCGGCUGUUGGUGCAUGUGAUUCCCAGCCGUAUGCAUAUGACGGAUUAAGCUGUCCAAAUUCAUUUUGUGUACUUCUUGCAUGGCAAAGUAGCCUCGUAUAGUUCUUUUAUUCCAGGAGAUUUUAACAUUUAGUCUUAAACAUGUGCGAAAGGCUGCUUGACAUUAUGACUGCCCUAGGAGAGCGUUUUCUCCACACGGUUAUGCAUUCAACACGACAGAGUGUCGUCUUUCCUGGGCUGUAAAUUUAUUUGGAAACUGUCGACAGCGUGCCUUUGCGCUGCUCCGAAUAAUUAAAAGCCGAUUUUCUUCGUGCUCGGUCGGGCACAGCGGCGGAAUAUCCUCGGACAUUCCGAAAGUCGUUUAUAGUUAGUGUGAAUUGUCGACAUGUCAACUUUGGCUCCUCCGAGCGCAGACGUGGUCAGGACCCGGUAAAGCAAGGGAGGAGGCAUUUUGUAGCCUAUUUGCAUGCUUGCUGGCGAAAACGACAAAAGUGACAGCAAUUUUAGGCAGUCGUUGGAAAGAGACUGUCACCUCGUGCUCAAAGAGCUCGUGCAUUAAUCGUUUUUAUCCCCCAACUUCAAUGAAAUGCUCCACCUUUUUCUCCAUUUCUCCUUUGUUCUUGUGUAUUGUUUAACCCACUCCAUUGGUUGACAUAUUACUGCAAAAAGACAAGAAUAAGCUGCAGUUUCUUGAGAUUUUAGGCGUUAACUCCUCCAUUAUUUGGUAUUUAAUGGCACGCACGUUCAGUCUGGCGUGACAGGAUCGUUCAGUCUGUAUUGAUGUGUUCCUCUCACCAUCAUGGCUCUGUCUGUGGGACUGUGUGGAGGUAGAGCAGCAGGCUCUCCACUGUGCCUUUAAGUGGAGGAGUGCUGGAGAUUAGCUUGGUCCAGGAUCCUGGGCCCAUCUGUCAGAGAGAUGCUCCGACAGAGAGGAAGCGUUGGGCACAAGCAGGAGAACCAUCUGCUCCUCCACAGAGGUACCCUGGCACCUCGGUGGAUGGCGAGCACAGGGAGUGGACCUCGCACAACACCUUGCACUUCACCCACACUAUUGCCAUUUUUAUCGGCGUAUUAUUUCUGGAUAGGUUAUGCGACACCUGUUUGGCUACUUUAUAACAUCUCAAUUUGCACAUUAUGUCUCUUUUUAACCAUAAAAGUUAAGUGAGACACAAUACUGAGGCACAUGUGACCAUACAGCUUAUAGCUAGGGCUGGGCGAUAUGGAAAAAAGUUUAUCACGCUACAUUUUUUUUCACAUCAGUCAAUAUCGGUAUACCACGAUACAAACAAUGAAAUUUAAGAGUGCUUAUUGGGAGCAUGUCCUUUGCAAUACAAUAAGCUACUGCAUCUGUGAGGUCUUUGUGUCUCCUUCGACGUGUUGUCAUAAGGCAUUGCACCAGAGAAAGCGGACUGAUUGGUCAGCUGUUUCCAGGGUUACAGUGCUAUGGUUGCAUGCAGCUGCAGCCUCCAAUACGCAGUUUUUUGCUACUUGGUUCUAAUUCAGCACAGGAUUGGUUUAGCACGAAGCGGACCCGCAGAAACUCCCCUUUUCAUUGUCUAUUCGUUUAGUCUUCUAAAACAUGGGAGAAUGCUGACUAUUGAAAAGCAUAUUGACCAUGUUUUAUAUUGAUAUUGAGGGAAAUUAAAUAUCAAUAUAUAUCGUUAUCAUUUUAUCGCCCAGCCCUACUUAUACCUUACCUGUAACUGAGUAUUGGCUAAUACAAAGGACCUCCCCAGUACCGGCAGGGUUCAAAACAGAUUGUUGGCCCUGGCUUAUUGUUUUAUCAAGCACUGGUUACAUUUUAUUGUUCUUCUUCGACUCUGCUGUUGGUGUUUCCUUUCUCUGGGUCCGUCUUUAGUGACGACUCUGUCUCACCUGAUGUCCUACUCACACUAUCUGAUUGGCAAGACAUUACACAAGUGUGUGUACCUGAUGCUCUGUAAAUGUAAUUGUCAACAUAAAUAUGAUGCUGCAAGUUUGUUUGAGGCAUCUUGUGAUGAAUUUCAAAUAUUCCAAAUUGUAAAUAUUGACAGAUAAUUUCUAUUUUAAUUUUAAACGCUUAUCAGCUCUAGAGAUGCACCGAUCUAUUUUUUUCUGAUCCAGUCCAAUACUGAUACAUGGGCUGAGCAUAUCGGCUGAUAUCUGAUACCGAUCUAAUACUACUGUUAAAUGAUUAAACUGUAUGCCUUGCCCUGUAAGUGAAGGCAUCAGGCUUGACAUUAGCCUUGUUAAAAAAAAAGGUGACAAAUUAACACAGAUAUAAAUUUGCUUAGUAUUAUUUUUCAACAAAUUGCCCAUGAGCACACAGCAAAAAAAAGUAAGAGUUCCAUGUAAUAAAAGAAAAAUUAAUUAAAAGAGAAAGACUGGAUCGAAACGCUGGAUCGGCGUCAUUCAUCCGAUAUCCGAUCCAGUUAAUUUGUCAAUAUCGGAGCCGAUAUCCAAUCCAAAUAUCGGAUCCCUAAUCAGCUCCAGAUUUAUCGGUCUUAUAAACCACUAACAUCAAAGUAUGUUUUACAUGCGUAUUGGUAGAAAACCACAAAUGGAGAUGUUUUGCUUGCUAUGACUAACAGUACUCUGUGUGCUGUGGUUUGUCAUAAUUAGUAAACAAUUGACCUAAAACCUGAUUAUUUUUAGGCGCCUAAUAAAUGAGGAUCAUUACAUUGACCGUCUGACAUACUUGCUGCUCUCUGAUAACAAGUGUUAGGCUUUCUCAGGCGGAUUAUAACACUGAUACUGGCAUCAAAACAACUCUGUUAGUUGUGGCCUUUAGUAAGAGAACUCCCAGCCAGCCCUCUGUGAUGCCAACAAUGUCUGUUCAGUCCUGGACCUUUCAUGCAUAUCCAGGACUGCACAGUUUUGGUAAAAUUGAACAAAACAACACAAUUGUUGUCACAGUGACCUGAUCAGCUCAUUAAGCAGGUUCAUGAGUUUAAUGCAAAUACGUAAUUGAUAACACAGACUUUGCUCACAUUGUUUCCUCAAAAGAUUGGGUUUAUCAUCGGAGAGUGAAUUUCCUUUCGGACAAUUUCCCCCACGCUGCUGUCGGGACAGGCAUCACUGUACGCCUGCUGUCAGGCUGCCGUUUCAUCUCGGACAUGUUUUAGCAUUCUGAUGUGGAAUGUCUCCUUGCUAUAAACUGUGCUUAAUGAAGUGUUUCAAUGUGCUAUAAUUAGCUUCUGUCUUGGGUUUCUGACUUCAUUUCACACGUUUGUCAGAUUAUAAUUAGUCACACUUGACACUAAUUGGAUGUCGCUCCCGUGGACCAGUUUGACCUUUUUUUGUAUUAAGAUGAUUCACUUUGGGGAAAUGAACCGCCGCUUUGACUUUGUUGUAGAAGUGUGGUGGCCGAUUGGAGCUGCUGCAUGCAAGCCCGCGCACGUCUGUGUGAGGUCUGUCCCUCCUAUAAGCAGGGGGAGGACAGUAAUCUCCACAAUCCGCUGAUUAAAAUGGAGUCUGGAGUUUUUGAUUAAUAAAGGAGCCGCUCAUUAAAAUUUGAGCCACAGCUGGAGUUUUUCUGUGGGUCGGACACAUCAUCCACAGCUCUCCUGAUAUUAGGCGAGUUUCUUCUCCAAUUUGUCAGCUAGCUACUUUGUCAGUGGUGUUGGGUAGACUUUUGAGUGAGUCAGGGCUGCUGUUUAUUGGCUCUGCAGUGUGGAGGUGUAUGGUCUGGUUUUUCUCCUGCCCUCACCCUGACUGUGUUGCUCUGAUUGGUGUAAUCAGAGGUUGUUGUCAGGAUGCAGUCGCUGUGUAGGCCCUCCUUCUCCUCCUCCUCCUCCUUCUCCUCCCCCUCUCUUGUUAUGUGGUAGCACUGACUUCCUGUGAAGGAGCAGUGCACCUGCAAAUUUCAGAGACCUCCUUAGCAGAGCUGAGGAGACUGAAGUCAUGUUUUUGAUCAGACUUUUUCAUCCUCAUUUAUUUUUCAGCUAAGUCAGUUCUCCUGAGUGCUGGACCACUUUGAUGUAGACGCUGGAGUUCGGUCUGAGCUGCUCUCCUGCAAACUUGUAUUUCGCUGUCAGAUGUGCAAAAUGUGUGUUGACACAUGCUUGCAUUAUGGACGCAGCCAUGUGACGCGGCGAACCGUUGACAGGAGCAGGCUGAUAGCGGAGGCCCCACUGGCCACAAGAUUUGCUUUUGUUUCUCGCCCUCAUGCACACGCUCACCUUCUCUACUCAACUGGAAGAUAUUGAGGAUGUGUGGCACAUACCACCGAGGCACUUUUGGAGCCCUGCAAAUCACACAAGUGUUACUUGCUCAGUCCGCUUUAGAGAUUAGCACUGGUAAAGCAUUGGUCUAAUUUUGACACAAGUAGUUUCUGAGAUUGGGGAACACUGGAAUGGCAGAAAUAAGUCAGAAAAGAUGAAACAACCAGUCAGGAAAUCAGACAGUUUUCAUACAAGCCAACAGUUUUGAUCAGGACUCCUGACAGAGAUCUAAAGAUAAAUUCGGAGGGUCCUGAGGUGGGUCAAGCAGAGGAAAGGAAGAACAUGGUCAGGUGUUUGGUGUGAACAGUCAUUGUGCAGGAACUUGUGUGCACACAUCUUUGACAGGAGGUCAGAGCUGAACCUGGGGUCUGGUAUAUAAACUACCAUAAAUAAUUAGGAUCAGAAAAGUUAAAUGUUUGGUUUUCCUUUUUGUCUUGCUUUUCUUGUUGAUGUGUCUCACUUCCCAAACCGAACCGAGAACAUGCAACUUUUGAUUGACCAGCAAGAGUAGGCUAGUGUGAAUGUAUUCAGCCCACAGAAACCCUAAUCCCAAUGCUCUGAACGUACUAACUAAAUACUGGUGCAGUAGGAGGGUUUGAGAGGAGCACAGUGCAGCAUCUAUCUAUGACUUUCUUGCUAGCUUUAUCUUGUUAAAAACCAAACUCUUUUGAAAUGAAUGCGCAGGAAGAUUGUUGUCAGGUAUGCAGGUAUGAAAUGAUGAACAAGAUAAAUGAUUGGACGAGCCAGGAGAUCAGAUUUUCUGUUUUGUGUCCAAACAUUUGAUCUAUUGAUUGCUUUCUUGAUAUAAAGAGAGUAAGUGUAGAAUACAAUAAAAAGCACAGUUACUGUUUACAAUGAGUUAGAAUAAUCCAUGAGAAGAAUGGUGGCCAAAGCUAUAAAAAUAUUAUAUCCCCAAAGGUACUGCGAGAAGAAGUGUCACUCUUAUACUCAUCUUUCUCCAUGACCUACAUAGUAAAAUGAGAUUAUCAGCAACCAGAUUGGUUAUAUCUUUGGACUGAAUCUUGGUGCCCGUGUGCAGAUCAGAUCUUCCACAAAAAGAGCUGAGUCGAUAUUCGGUGCUCGCCUGGAAACGUCUAUGUUUAGAACUCCGCUGGUAAACUUUGGCAGUAAGGAGUAAGUUGGCAAGCAGGAGGAGAUUUUAUUGUCUUUGGAUGGUUUUAAUCCUGCAUAAUGUUUUGAACUCAUGGCAGGGUUAGCAAAAAGAUGUAUAGUUUUUGUUGAAGUUCUGUUUCAGAAAUAGACACAAUGAAAAGUGUUUUUCUAGAAGAGCAAAACGGCUAUAAACAGGGUUUCCUUUUUUGCCAGAGUGUAAACUGUGCUUCAUGAUGCUUCACUGCUAUUUCAGGGGCAAGAAAAAAAAAAAAAAGCUACUCUGGGUGAAUAUUUAUGUCAUCCUGACCAGUGCUGUACAUUACAAAUCUGGGGAUAUUAGCAUUCGCAAUAAACAUUUUCUUUUUAAUUUCAACUAAUUAGGAAAUGAAUGUAAACAAUUUGGGUUAUAUUUCUUCAUUUUCUAAUGGAUGACACAACAAUAUUGCCCUUUCCAUUAUUUAUUAUCUCUUGGGCAUAGUCAGGAAUUAAGGGGCUGAGCAAGUAUCAAAAACAAGAGAAAAGCAUUGUUUUAUUGGAGGAAAAUAGACUUGUGGUCUCAAAAAUAUGAGAGUUGAUUGUUGAUUUUUAAUGGUAUAUAUAAAAAACAAAGUAGAUUUACAUGCUUGAAGUUUUGUUAUCAUGUCAGUUUUGUCCAGGACUGUGCAGCCCGAAUUCUGACAUUUAUUUAAACAAGGAUCAUGACACUGAGGUUGUGACAGGUUAUGUUACAAAGGGAUUAGGGGUGGUAGAAAAAAUUGAUACAGCUUAGUAUUGCGAUAUUUAGUCUGGUGAUAUAUCGUAUCAUCUCAUUUACCAAUUGUUGAUUUUUCAAAUUAAUCACUAAUAUGAAGUUGAAUCUAUGAUAAUAGAAAAAUAGAGUCAACUGUCUGUCCAGUGAGGUUGGCAGAGGUGACAUCAUAGAGCAGGAGAAAGUUAGUGCAACAAAUAUCUAAAAAGUUUGCAAGAUGUGCUACAUGAAAAUAAAAUACAGCAAAAAUACACAAACCUAAAGGAAAGACAAAUGCUAAAUUAGCUAAACAGUAAAUUGUUUAAAUCGCAAUAUAUUGUAUCGCAAUACAUACUGUGUUGCAAAAUGUUAAAAAUCAUGAUAAUAUCGUAUUGUUGCCCAAGUAUCGUAAUAAUAUCGUAUCAUGGGGCCACUAAUGAUUCCCACCCCUAAGAGGUAUGGUCACCUUUUGGCAGGAAGCUAAGGGUUAUAAAUCAGAGUGUAUAAAGUCAUGUUGUUGGUGUUUCAGCUAAUAAUUUGAUGUGGCUACAAAUCAGUACUUUACCUCACACAUGCAUCCACUUGCACAAGGGUCACAUCUCUGACAGUGAUGUGAUGAUGAUGGUUCUGGUCUUCAUCUUGAAAGAAAACUGUCAGUGUUGUCCAAAGAGGGUCAUCGGAAUCAACCCAACAUGGAAACUCCUCAGGGGUGCUUUUAAACAACCUAGUAGUUUGCAGUUCGUUUUGACGGCCUGUUCAAGAUGAGUUAUGUGUUAGGCCUCUGUCAAGCUCUGCCGUCGAUGUAAAUGUCACAGUGGCAGAAUCAUGGGGUGACGUUGUCCCAGUCUUGAGCUGACUCUGGAGGCAGUUACAGGAGUGAAACGGUGUUACUGUCAACAACAGAGGUGGCAGGAGUGUGUAUAUGCGUGUGUGUUUGUUAGAGCUGUUUAGUAAUACGUGAAGCCUUUUGUGUGAGUGAUUCUGUAUCGCCAUUUAUCAUCAGAGUGUAACCUAAGUGUUUUUAAAAGGCCUUUGAUUUGAAAGGACAGUGUACAAACAGAAACAUGACAAGAGAGGAAAAGUUGUCAGUGGGUUGUGAACGUCAGCAUGACUCACUCUCCCCUCUUGUGUCUUCUUCGGUGGUCGAUAGUGGGGGUCUCGUCACUCAUUACAACUGUCAGGAAGGUCUCUCACCUCGGCCUGCGCACCUGCCGCUCGGGGGUGUUUGAGAGCGCGCUGUGGCUCAGACAGCAAGCACCCACAAACAGACUUUCCCCACUCAUCUGUCCUCCCUCAAACCCCCGCUCGAUUAUUUUUUUUUUUCUGGGGUCAUAUCGCUGUCAUUCUCUCCUGAUUUCUUCAACUGGAGUAAUCUCUCGAGUUUCUCAGCGCUCUACGGUGCGUGCCCUUUUAAGUGCGCACUUGAAGCAGACUUCAGGGAGCAUUUACAGCUGGUGUGCUUUUAGUAAACUGAUAUGUCACACCGCGUCCCAUCAGAGCUGUGUGAUGAUAUCAAGGAAUGGCUGCAAAGUACUUUAGUGUAUGUUGGGGAUUUACUGUUGGAAGUGAAACCCUUUUUCACGUGUUAUUGAUUAUAAAUACGCAAACACACAUUCUGUUACACAGCUGUGUGUUAAUAUGUUUAUGAGGCAAUUCACCUUUAAAGGAAAUAUUUGAUCAAGCUAGUAGUUAAGCUGUUAGACCUCUGAGUUUAUGAGCUUAGCUGUGUGGACAGUCUGAUUUGAGUCCAUCCCUGACUGUAUAUCUGUUUUCUUGCCCCUGUGCAAAGAAAAACCUUGUGACACCUUUACAAAGCAUGGACCAAAUCUAUCACCAAUCCUUUUAGGAGUGCAACACGAGGAAGGAAAAAGUCCUCGAAUGAUUAAUAAUAAUCUGCUUGUCAGCUUUUAACCUCCAGUCUCACUGUCACGCCUGUUUGACCCCCUCUCUGGUUGUUUUUAUUUUCCUUCCCCCCUCAUCAUCCUCUUUCUCACACCUUUCUGCCCCUGCCUGCCCCCCUCCUCUGUACCUGUGACUGUUUACUCUUCUCAGUCACACUGACACGAAGCUUUUCUUUCCCAGAAGCCUCACAUACACUGUGGCUUUGUCCACACUGAACUGCAGAGCAGUGGGCUCUGUGCGGGACGACAUUCCUCACACUGUUCGCUCUUAGUUUACUGAAUGUUGUCUCGUGAAGAGGCAGGCAGAGAGCGGGGUCUGGAAGACGACGCUAACAAAUCAGGCUCCCACCUCCUCUGCCUCUAGUUCCAGAUUCCAGGCUUCGCUCUCAGCCUGCAGCUCAUUAGUUAGCCUCCAAAAUGGCCGUCUUCCUUAUGUUGUAAUUGGGAACAUGUGCAGGAACUUCAUUAUCCAGACGUGGAGAUGUUAAUACUUGAAGAACCAGUAGCUGUUAUUUGCCCUGUUUAACCUGUGAUAUAACAGCAGGCUGUGGAAAUCAUGUUCAAAGUACCUCUCUGUGAUUUCAGAGGAGCUGCAUUUACCCCCAUCUUUGAUAUAGUCAAAUUAUAACCUGCCCUUGUGCUAGGCACUCUGCUGAGAUUAAUUAAGUAGGCUAAUUACCAUACCAGGCGUGUGGCAGCGAUGGAGGGCUUGAAUGUGAAAUAUCCUCCCCCAUUUCACUCCGAAUAUUAACAUUGAAACCCUGAGGGACUGCCAAAAUCUCAGUGGCACGAAGAAAAGUGGAACUAAAACGCGAGAGUCUCGACUGACUCCGUAUCAGACCCCACAUUCUCUGUUGAUGCGACAAUCUGACUCAGUCAGCGCCACAAACUGAGUCACAGCCUGUCUAAAAUCAGAUCAGACAAAGAGUCCACAGCGGUAAUAAUAUGUUUAACUUCAGGAGUGGGAGCAGAAGAGCCAUUGUAAUGUUGUUAUUGGUUUCCCUUUUUAUUUUUUUCACAAAUUCUUCCUGACGGGAAGCUCUAAGUCGACUCAGAAACUCUGCUGUCAGAUUGAUAUCACAUUGAAGAGGGUUGAUGAGAAGUUUUAGCAGACGUUAACAGCGUUAUGUGGGUUGUGGAGUGUUUCAGAGGGACUUGAAUACAGAGCUUGAAGAUGUCUCAGCUUGCUGAUUUAAUGAUCUGUGGCCAACAAUGCAACAGGCUAUUAUCCAGGCAGUCAUAUAUGAUAGAAAGGCUGAUCUCUAUAUCAGAGAUACCACUUAGUGACUAGUCCAGCUUAUCACCCAGUGUCUCUGAGCGUCUCUGCUGAUGUUUUCUCUUGCAGGUUGGGUGACCAGUUCUAUAAGGAGGCCAUUGAGCAGUGCCGCAGCUACAAUGCCCGCCUGUGUGCUGAACGCAGCGUCCGCCUGCCAUUCCUGGACUCGCAAACUGGCGUGGCCCAGAACAACUGCUACAUCUGGAUGGAACGACACCACCGUAGCCCCGGUGUGCAAACACACACACACACACACACACACACACACACACACACACACACACACACACACACACACACACACACACACACACUUAUGAGCCACAAAACAUAAACUUUUAAGUGAGAAUGAGGUGUUUGGGCUAGUAAAAAAGUGCAUCAGCAUAACCUUUUAAUCAGGGCUGUAAAUAAUUUUGCAUUUCUUUGAUUAAUUGAUAUUUAAGUUACUGAAAUGUUAAAUAUGAAAACUGACCGUAACAAAUUCAACAUGUUCAAAUUAAGUUAGUUUUACCACACUUUAACUCUUUCAGCCAUGUGGAUGUUUGUUUGUAAGUGGGUCAGCUCGAUCAACAUUUGAUUCAGUUAAAAAAAAAAAAACAAAGUGAAAUGUUUUAAACUAAAAUUGUAAAGAGAAGAAAAUCAUCAGAAAAUGUUUGUGUAAAGAAAAGUUUAUCGGUUUCUAAUCACCCUACACAUGUUUCAAUGAAGUUUCUGUCAACAUCUGUCAAGACUGAAGGUCCUUACACACUGGGACCGUUUUUGUUGUGCGAUUAUUUCGGAUGUCAAUUUUUUUUUUUUCGAACCCGUAUCCUGUCAAUACAAGCGUUCACAUCAGCGACGUUUUCGCCUCUGAUUGGCUAUAAGUGCAGACCGUUUGGCUUGAGCGUGUGAUGGUGUUUCCAGCUUUUCUAGCCAGUCAGAGGCAAAGGAGGCGGGACUUUCCCCCGGAAAGGUCUUCCCUGGGAUGCGUCUUUUUCCCCCCAGAAGGUUGCAAAAUUGCAUCGGGCUUAAUGUGUAUAGUCAGGCGCGUCAAAAUUCGCCUCCGAAUAUUUCGUGAAUUGGCGUUCUAUAUUCGUGUCGGCCCCGGUGUGUAAGGACCUUAAAAGCCCUGUUUUUUGGCCAAACAGGAAGCUUAAUGAUGCACUAGGGUUCCUAAGCUUAACUAUGAUGCAAAAGCACAGGUCUGGAGAAAAGUGACCGUGCUUUCUGGGUUUGUAGAGCAUCAAAAUCCGUCACCUAGCACCCAUGUACUGAAAUGCUGUUCCAGCCCUUCUUUAGCAAGGCCACGCUUACUUUACAUGUAAGACGAAUGACGAGAAGAAAUGUGGUCAGCUGCUCCAUCAUCUGUAUUUUAGCAGACCAUUGUUUAGAUGACAGACUCCUCAGAACAUCUGUUAAUAUCACAUUUUUCUUCGGUUUGGCAACCUCACAGCACAUUUUUUUUCUCCCACUGCACAUGGACCUGGAGAUUACAUUGAUCCAAAAGCUAAUCGCCUUGUGCCAUAUUGAAACAACUCGUUCUGAUGAAUAAUCAGUUAAAAAAACUUUGAUAUUUUGUUAAAUAUUUUUACAAUCACAGAAGAGCUCACCAUCAAAUAUUUCAUGAAUUAUGUACUGCUGCCACAUGUAGUGUAAAAGUGUUUAGUGUGGUCAGAAAAAUGAGAAACCUGCUGUUAAAGUAUGGUUUGUUUAUCAUUUAAUCUUGCAUCAGCCAGUUAGCAAAGUCAUGGUGCAUGUCAGUGUUAGCAUUACUUACAAAAUUGCGCUGUUUCUAAGGGAAGCCCUGAAUAACUCGAAAAACAGAAGUGCUGAUGCCCGUCCUCAAACUGAAGAAAAACAUUAGUGUAAUCUGUGUUAAAAUCUGACUCAAAGACAUGAAGACCAGAUAAGACACAGAGAUAUGGUUUCUGUGUCUGACAGUACAAAAAGAAGCUUUAACAGCUUUUGUUGUUUUGUCAGGGGUAGCAGCCGGGCAGAUGUACACAUACCCAGCCCGCUGCUGGAGAAAGAAAAGACGGCUGCACAACACCACAGAUCCUCGCCUGGGCAUCUACGGUCUCCAGCUCGGUAAGAUCCUGCAUACCUCUUUCCACACAUCAUUCUCCUGUCACUUUGUGCUCCUCUCAGUUCUCUCCUCCCGCUCAGCCAACCCCCCACCCAUCUCCCACCCACCUCCACCAGCUCCUUCAGCUCAUGUGAUUACUGGUGAUGAUCUGGAAUAAUCUGGCUAAAAGCAUAUCACUCUUGUUUCAGCGCACUGAGCAGAACAGGCUGCCAGUCAUUUUUCAGAGGAUGAAAUGUGGCUGUGUUCGCCACGGCUGGUAAACUUGUUUUGUGAGAAGUAGAACAUGUAAUUAGAUUUACCACUGCUGGGAGCAGCGAGACAGAGUCCGGCCGCUGCAGACAGUAUUUAAUAAAUGUUAUGGAAUGGAGUUUGGCUUCUCUGGCCGCUACUUGAAACAGCUCACUCAACACAUUUACCCUCUCUUCUUUUUUCUCCCUCGAUCUUAUUUUCUUCUCCCUCGCUGAUUGGUUUUGUCUCAUUCUCGGUGGAAACUCUUUCAUCUCUUCAUCUCUCCCCGUAGUCUGCCAUGCAGUCUGUCUGUGUGUGUGUUUGUAGCAAGAGUUGCUUAGCUCAAGUAUCUGGUCCAUUCUGUGCUCAAGGCUUGCAUGCCCACUGGGAUGUUACACUACCCGCAGGAAUGAACACGACAAAAGAGAGAAUCUCAUGCAGACACCCUGUUCUUGUAGUUUCAGGAAGAAUUACAUCGAGCUUUGAUCUAAAUUUCUAGUACUCUUAAACCUCCAAGUUUGAACGUUCUGUCUGCGUUGCACUUGUUUUCAUGAAGUGAAGGAGAUAAGGAAGACGAAGAGAGCCUGGAAGGAGAAAGAAAGAUUGAGAGACAGCGUAUGAACCAAGCCUUUGUUUCUCCAACACAUCCAAUCGCAGCCUAUUGUUUUCCACCCAGCUCGCUAAGACCCCGCUGCCACCACCCCGCUGUCCCUUCCUUCUCCAGUAACAGCGGAUUUUAUGUGCUGUCUGCAAGUGCUAGUGGAGGGGAGACGUGGCCUGAUUUAACCUGGCGUCUCUUAUAUGGAGCAUGUUGUGCAGCUGGCCAGAGGUGGCUGGCACAGGGCAGCAGCCAGAGUCUGUCUCGCUGCCUCGACUGGCUGUCUAACCGAUGCUGUGCUAGAGACUGGGGCUGCAUGCAGAAUCAGCUCCAUGCUGCAGGCUGCUGCCGGCUCUAUUUUUAGCCCCCCCAGCUCCCAUGGGUUGAGAGGGAGGGAGGGAAGGGGGGUGGGGGGGUCUGUCUCGUCGCGGAGAGUUGAAAGUCAACGUGUGCAGACACAAUGGUGAGGGGCUGCCGCCGCAUGGAGGAGGACUCGUUUCAGAGGAGCGUGUUGUAUCUGCUUCUCACGCCUACCUCCUGUAUCUGCCUCAUACCUUUGCAGUCGUCUUUGCUUCAGCACCUCAUGUUCAAUAUUCCGCAGAAGUCUUUCUAGUGAGUGCGGCGCUCAGAUGAAGGGCUCACAGAAAGCUGGAGUCAGGGGGGCUUUGAAGUGUGUUCUCUUUUCGCACAUCCACAAAGCAGUUGGAUGACCACGAGGCUUCCUGAGGAGGAAAGAUUGUGUAAAUAAGAUUUCCAACUGACUGUCAAAGCUUUUGCUUGUUCUGCCUUUGUCUGCUCAACCUGCUCGCCUCCUACACUGUUUGUUUAGAUCCUCACCUGUAGGAGGAGGUAUCUGCAUGAUGUCUUUAGGUUGUGGCGAUAAGCUACUCAGUCAGCCUGACGUCUGCAUAGUGCAGCACUGGUAAAAGCUCAGCAAUGACAAUGCAGUUUCAGAGUGACAGCCAUAAUAUUUUUAGGCGUCUGUGCUGGCAAAAGCUGUGGCUGAAGUAAUGAUGUGUUCUCGUUGUCCUGUCAGUAAAGUUAUUAUUCAGGCCAGGACUCUAUUUUCCAUCUAUUGUCCAUACAUUAUAUGAAACCACAGCAAAACUAAUAACAUCAAAUUGUACAUGUAAAGCCGGCCUAUAUGUCUACUCUGUGAUAUUUUUUUAGCAAAUACCCUUGAGCAAGUAUCUACAGGGGAAUGCAAACUCUCCUUUUAAGUCCCAAACCAUCAAAGUCCCACUCCGAUCAUUUUUUUUUUUUUACAACCUAAAGUGUUCUCAGGGGUCUUUAAAAAGUGAUUAUGAAGGUUUUAUAUAUAUAUAUAUAUAUAUAUAUAUAUAUAUAUAUACCAAAAAUCACCUUACCUGUGUCAUUUUCAAGGGCUUUUCUUCUGCAGAGCUCCAGUAGCUCAUUAGCAAUUCGCCUCUGAGUCGUGGGCAGAGACAGCACUGUUCUGCACACUUGUCUUCGCAUUAGCUUGCAGCCUAACAUUGUCGGUGUAGCAGAAGUGGCAGGUAACAGAGGAGCGAUUCAGCUCUUGGACACUGAAGUCUUUGGGGACACGAUGAAAGCUAAUAUCAUAUUUAACUUUCUUACGAGCAUUGCAAUCCGCAAACACACGCUUGUUCCACGAUCGUCCUCUGUAUUUCUCCUCUAUAUAUGCAGAAUCUGGCCUUCACAGCGGGGCUCUGGGGGCGGAGCUUGGCUUGGUUACAUAUGAAAUCUCACUGUUUCUAAAUCUGCCGUUUGGAUCUGCCAGAGAUUCACAGUGAUUCGAAUGAAGAAAUAUUCAGAAAAGCAAUUUUGCAUUUAGGUUUCUCAUGACAUGUCCUGGAGCAUCAGAAAAAUGCCAUAUGAACGUAUAAAAAACAAGAAAAACAUGAUUUUAAUCAGAGUGCGUCUUUAAAACAACCAGCAGGUGGACACCCGUUUGCAUUUCCACGAUAGACACAUAAUAAUCAAAGUGAAACAGAGCAGUUUGACUUGGACAGGAAGUCAGACACAAGAACAGCCGCUCUGAUCAGUUUCAAAAUAAAACGCCAUCACCCAAAGUAGAAGCACAAAAAUCACAAAUUAAUUUCCAAAUGACUUUAAAUCAACCUCAAGACUUAUUAACUUAUUGCUUGUAUGUUGUUCUCUGUGUAGAUAGUGAUGAUGAUCUUGAGGACGCUCCCUUGUGAGACUAGCUGAAUUGAACUAUGUUCUGCUCUGAUACACUCGAGGAAACGGUUCCUGAGGCAUGGCGCCAUCAGCCAGAGCAAAAAAUAAACUUAACAUUGUGCACACACACUGUGGAGCCGAAGGGUUAAAAGUAGAGACACAGUCUCUAUUUGAAAGGAUUGAUGGAUCAGGGACAUCAAUCCAUGGAAAACCUGGGGGACAAUAAAGCACAAAAACUGCAGUAAAGAUGCAAAGUUGGCCGCGGUCUGAACUGAGCUGCAUACAUAUGGAGCAGCUUAAGAUGUAGAGAUGUUUGAAGGUCUAAGUUAGUUCAAGCUCAGAGCAGAAUCAAGAGUCCUUUUCCUUAACUACUCUCAAAAGACGGUGUUUGCCCCCUUGGCUUAAACUAGAAGAUGAUUCUCCAGGAGAGGAAUGAUAAAAACAACAUCUCUGCCACUGAGACUACUUUUGGAGACGUAAAAGACCACAAAGCAAAAAUAUUUUAAUUUCUUACAGGAGUCUUACAUGAGCAUACUUGAAUGAAACCUGCUCCUCCACAGAUUGCUAUACCUCAAAUCUUACACGGCAGUAUAGUUAUGUAACCGCGUGAGGUCAUUUGUGAUGACACCCUCUGUACAAACAAAUACUCUGGCCACAUGCUUUUAUUAAGUCGAGCGUGAAUUGAGAAGAAGAGACAUAACAGAAAAGAGGUUUUGAAUGCUGUAGACUGAGGUCAGAGGUGACAGCACUAACGGCUGUUUUUCACAAGGCUGUAAACGGAGAAAGCAGCUCAUGCCGAACCACGGCUGCUCAUUAUUGUUGGGAAUGUACAGAUUCUGUCAUAAAUCUGUGAAUAUUAUGAUAUUUCUAACCAAGUGUUGCUUGUUGUCGUCCUCGUGCAGAUGGUGGCCUCAUGUCUAGGGACACCUUACCCACCCAGAGCACCACGCUGGAGGCGCUGCUUCGAGGAGAGGGUCUUGAUAAGAGAAACAACUCUAAGAACGACGAGGAGAGCCUGCUGGAGAUCCAGGUGAGUUCAGUCUCAAAGACUCACUGUGUGUGUGUGUGUGUGUGUGUGUGUGUGUGUGUGUGUGUGUGUGUGUGUGUGUGUGUGUGUGUGUGUGUUUGUAUUUAUCCGUCGUUCGCUUCAGUUCAGACAACAUUAUUGAUUCAAACUCAUUAGGGGCUAAUUCGCUCAUACACACUCACAGAUGAGGUUUCAUCAACACAGCAUUUUCCUUUUAAAUGUUGAGUGAUAUCACUCAAAUGAUUAGGAGCCCUGGUAAUGAAAGUCAAGUGUUGCACCCAAACUCGUUGUCAAGGCAACUUGCCAAGUUUUUCCGACUGACCUACAGGACUCUUUGGCUCACUACUAAGAGGAGUUUUCAGCAAGACUGCUUAAUUUCUGAGCUCCUGAUUGCUUUUUACUCAGAAAUGGAAAUGGGUAAUUCAGCAUCAUGAUAUGAAUAGAUUUAGAAAUCAUGACUCUGCAGUUUCUAGUUUGUAGCCGUGCAAGUGGAGCACACUGCUGAUAUGAGUUGUUUUUGCAGGAGUCACAAUCAGUCCUAUCUUAAGAUUGCACAUUCCACCUCAUAUACAUGUGUACACUUGUAUGUUUACAGGAAGGACAUGCAGGAAGAGAGGGCUCCCUCUUCAACCAGGCAUAUCACUGCGAAAAAAAAAAAGCUAUCAAAACAUACCAAAACAGACUACACACUUCAUCUGCCACCCAGAUUGCAUUAAAUACUGGAAAACUGUUUUCUUUCCCGUCUCAGUUGCUCUCUGCUGCCCAGUGUUUUUGAGAAAGCUGGUAGUUUAAUCUGAGUAUUGUAACAGCCUGUCCCCUUAUUUUUCUCUCUUGAUGUGUCUCAGAGGGUUUUGGAGGCAGAUGCAGCAGAAGAUGCUUUCAACGAUGAUGAUGACUACGAGGUAGACACUCCCAAGAGGAGACAUCGGGGCAAAGGAAGAGUAAGUGGCCAAAUGUUUGCCAGGUUUUCAUUUUAACAAGUUUACUUUACUUGAAGUCACUCUGGCAUCUGAGACCCAAAAGAAUUGUAGUUUCACUAAGUGUCUUUAACUGCCUGGUUUGUUUUCAGAGUAAACAUUAGUUCGACUCUUAUUGCAUUCAGUCUUCUUCUACAACUUUAUUGCAUUAAAAUUACGUGAAACUUGGUGUACUUUGUUUGUCAUCACUAGUGGCCACCAUUAGUAAACUUUCUGAUGUAGAAGUCUGUGUGUGCACACUGAAACAGUCUUGGUUAAAAAAAAAAAAAGAUUGAUGAUGCAAUAUGUUGAUGUUCAUUCUCAGGGUCGGGGUUCAGGCCGAAGGAAGGCUGACCUGGACGAUGAUAAGCCAUAUGUCUGUGACAGUAAGUAACCAUGUAGUAUGAGUUUUUUUAAAGUGUAAUUAUUCAUUAGGUAGAUUUGCAAUUCAGGGUUGACUGAUAUGGCAAUUUCUUUAUUUGCUGUUGGUGAUUUUUGAAGCAAUCCUUAAGCAUUACUAAUUAAAGCUGUAUUAGUUUUCCUUUAUACUGUAUAGGCAUCUUUUUUUAUACAGAUUUGCAAACUAUCAGAUUAUUUCUGAAAACCUUUUUGGUCCAGGACUGAUUAUUUACUUUAAACUGUAUGUUGUGUCACAAGUUUCCUUCAUGUAGCGCAGAUCAAAAUAGUCAUUUCUUUGUCUGAGAUUGUUUUUCAUCAAUGGGCUCUUUGCACCGAUUCACUACUUCCUGAACUUAAGGCAGCUCCUUUAUUUCCUGUCUCACAUUAUUGGACAAACUGAUUAAUCCAGGUGUGUCUGACUAGUCACAAUGAUCAGUCACACCUGGAUUAAUCAGUUUGUCCAAUAUGUAAUAUGAGACAGGAAGUAAAGGAGCUGCCUGAAGUUCAGGAAGUAGUGGAGCUGUGCAUAGAGCCCAUUGGAUUAAACAAACUUUUCUUUGUUUACCUGCUAAAAAGUCAGAAAAAGUGCAAAUUCACAGUUGAAAGGUUUUGGUUAUUCAUUCCCUGGCUGUUAAUUACCCACAAUAAUAAUAACGUGGGUUUUUAUGCAUUAGCUGUGCACGUACAAUAUAUGUAUGAAAUGACUUCUGUUAGGCCAGGGAUGAAAAAAGAAAGCUGACACAAGAAAGUGUUUUUUAUUAGAGAUGCAGCCACAGGAUGAAACAAAGUAAAAGUUGUCACUGCGGUCCUGAGUGUUUUCAUGCAUGCAAGUCAUAUGUGGAGGCGGGGGAGGUUAGUUUUGGUUUUACUCAUCUGCUGUUUUCCCUUUUGAUUUGCUUCUUCUCUAUUUCAGACAGAUACAAACAAAAGGCGAACUCAAAAUCUUCGACCUCAGGUGACCUGACUGCUUGUCUUUUUUUCUGACUGUAGAUUUUCUUCGGGAUCAUUUUUUUAAAGUUGUUUCAUAAGUGCUGUUAAUAUCGAUUAGGCCCCUGUUUUAUCUCACUCCUCUCAAGCUGUAAGAGCUCUUGGCGUUUUGAAACAGACACGUGGUUAUUAAGUUGUCCAUGUUUGUGUUGUGUUUGUUUUUCAAAAUGCCUUUGCAAUUAGACUUUGUAGAGUCAGGAGACGAAUGGUUCCCUUCUUCUUAACACCACAUGAAACCUGUUCAUUUUUCACUGAGAAGAUCACACUUGCUCUUCAUAUUGUUUCUUUUAUUUUUUUAACUAUGCUCUAUAUUUGAGGGACGUUUCCACCUCACUUGGUCUAAGAAAGGUGUUCAACCAUUUCCCUUUCAUAGCAUUGAGACCAUACAUUCAAAAUAAAAAUGGCUUGAGCAGGAAAAAACUUAAGUUGACUUCUAGAGACUGAAAUUAAACAAGCAUUGAAGUACAAUCAAACAUGUGCCCUCUGCUGCAGUCUGUGCAAAACGGUACAGGAACCGUACAGGACUAAGCUACCACUACACCCAUUCCCACCUGGCAGAGGAGGAGCGAGCAGGAGAGAGGAGCUCUGUGGUGACCAGACCCCCCUCUGUUCAGCAGACUGACAGACACAAACGUAAGAAGACAAACUUCUAAGCUUGAUAUGUUGUAAUCUAUAAUGUAGUUUCAUUAAGCAAACCAAAAUCACACAUUUUUAUAAUAUAUGGCUGUUUUGUGAUCCAACCACCAACUUGCUGUGCAAACUGUUACAAACAUGUCAUAAGCUUGGCACUGAUUGUUUCACCAUUUUUAAGCCUGAGGCCAAUUUGAUUUAACGCUCUGUCUUUGGAAACCAUUGCCUUUUUAAAGAUUGAUAAUUUGUUUAUUUUGAUAUUUUAGCCUUCAGCUAAAGCCUCAGUACAGAUACAGACAGGAUGCAGAAGAUGGAAACAUGAUGAAAACGCUGAUAUUUCUUGUAAAUUAGAUGUUUGUAUUUCUACCCGAAAGAUUUUUAGAGCUAUCAAAGAUGACAGUAGUUCCACAACAAGCUGAAAUACAAACAGCGAUCACCCAAAACGGUAUGGCCCCCUGGCUUGUAUGGUGCAAGCCCCCUUCUGAUCAGGUCAGGACAAAAACAGCCCUGGCCUGACAAGACCUGAACUCUUCUAGACCUCUGACAGUGUGCUGUGGUAUCAGGCACUAAGAUGCCAGCAGCAGGUCAUAAAAGUCCUGGAACUUUUGAGGUGGGGUUUCCAUGGAUCAGACUUGGUUGUCUGGCACACCCCACAGAGACUGGAUCAGUUUUAGAAACUGAGGAAACUAAGAACAACGUCAUGUUUUUUCAGACCACUUUUUCCAUUGCUCUGUGGUCCAGUCCACUUCAAGUGGCCAUUGUUGGACAGGGGUCAGUAUGGGAACCCUGACUGGUCUGCAGCCUUCGCAGUACUGUGUGCUAUGACAACCUCUCAAUCAGGACCAGGAUUCACUUUCAGCAGUUUGAGCUCCAGUAGUGAUUCUGUUGGAUCAGUUUUCUUUCUUUUAACCUCUUUAGUUUGUCACUGCACCCUGGUCCUUGUCGUCGUCGUCGUUCACAUCCCUAUUCAUGAUCAUUGUCCCUGCUUAUAACAUCAACUUGAAGGACAAAAGUUUACGUGCUGCUGAAAAUAUCACAGUAACUAAGAGUGCAGAUGUAAUUGCAUAAACUAUGAUGCCAUUGGUCCUGAUGUUCAGGUGGAUUAGUGUAUCCACAUAAUGUAAAAAUUAAGAAGAAACUAAAGUAGACACUCAACUGGAAAAAUAACUAACAUACUCAAAUCGGAGGUAAAUCCACAAAUGUGUUACUGUUUUAUUGAACAUUCAGUAAAGAAGAUGGAAUUAUUUUAAGUAUAUUCAGUCACUGAGUGAAUAAUUUCUGCACCUAUCGUGUUUAUUGUUGGGACAUCUGAGUGGUUGUUAGUUUGUAUUGAGCUGAUCAGUAUAAAGUACACACAACAAAAAGGUGGUGCAGGUUUAGGAGGUUUUGUCUGCCCGAUCCAGUCCAGGGUGAAAUUAAUUAACCCUUCAAUUUUAUCUUAUUUUAGUGGGGUUGAAUUUCCUUGCAGGUCCAAAGGGUCCAGGUGGGACCAGCAUUCCCAACAACUACUGUACUAAAUGCCAGGGCUCAAACAAGAAAACGGGUAAAUCGGGGUCUCCCUUCUCAGCCUGUCGAUGCACAAGUAAGUAAAAAACCUCUACUGUCCAGGUUGAUUCCUUUUAAAGGGACUGCUGCCUAGAUUCUCAUCUUCUUUCUAAUUGACUCUGCUUCUGUUCUGUGUUUCAGCCGACUGUGGAGAGGAGAAGGAGGACGGGACUUUUGCCGGAGCGGAGGAGCUGUUCGGCACCACCUCUGAGAGCGACACUUCCACCUUUCACGGCUUUGAGGAUGAUGAGCUUGAGGAGCCCGGCACAAACAGCAACGGAAUAACAAACCGGCACAGAUAGAGAAAACCUUUUAGAUCUAAAGACAAUUUUUUUUAUAAGGAUUAACCUCUGGCAAAAAUCUGCUGCUUCUUUUUCAAUUUUUUUUUUUCGUUUGUGGAAAGCACAAAGUGAUCAUUUCAGGACAGAAAUGCGAGUGGUAUUUUAUCUACUGAACAUUGUUGAAUAAUUUAUGAACACCUUUUUAUAUAUAAAUAUAUAUAUUAACUUUUAAGGCAAUGAACAACUGUCAGUGUUUCUUGACAAGUGACUUGUUCUCCAUGCAAAACAGAAGAUGAAGACGUUUUUUUGAGUGUUUUUUUUUUUCUCUUCACUGGAGAGGAAGGAGCAAACAUUAUGAACAAAAAACACUGGAGAAAAAAAAUGAAAGAUUAAAAUGCAUAAAAAGUAAAUCAUCUCCCAAACAGUUGAACUGGGAGCUGGUUGAAUGUCAUUGUAGACCCAUACUUAAAGCUACUGGAUGUUUUUGAAUCAGUAGUCGCUGUGAUGAUGAAGGUCUUUUUUUUUUUUUUUUUUUUAAUCUCGCUCUAACUCUGGAUUAAACUUGUACGCAAAUGAAGGAACUAAUGAAAGGACUUCCACAAGCCACUGGAAAUAUUUGGAAAUGAAGAAAAUACAAAUUAAGUUGUAAAAGAUAGAGAGGGGAAAAAAGAAAGGUAAGCAAUAAGGUUUUUUAUCCUACAGGAAAAAAAAAAUUGCAGCCAUCUCAUAAGUAGAUCGAUCAUCAAGGAGUUACAAAUGGCAGUUACCCCCCCAAGUUAAUAACAGUGUAAGGUUGAAUGUGAUGAAACUUUUGUGUUUUGUAAAUACAAAUAUUAGUAGAAGGAGGAUAGAAAUAGGACUUGAUAAGAAUAAAUAAGAAAUUGCAAUGGUUAACAAGAAGUGCAGAACAUAAGAAAUAAAGCUAUUAACAAAGUGCAGAGUGUUUAAGAAAUAAGCUAUGCACGAGCACAAGAGUGUAUAUCCAGUGUGGGAUAUUGCACAGUUAGCUGAAUAAACAAUGUUACUGCAUUAUCAGUUUUGCACUCUUAGAUAAUUAAAGUUUGACCAUUUUACAAACAGAUUGCAGAGUUAAAUGUCAUUACAUGCAGUAGAGAAGUUUACAGCUACUACAUGAGAAUAAGUCCAGUGCCAGACGGAGUGUGUGACACAAAGAGGGAGGAGUUAUAAAGUUUGAUGACCACAGGCAAGAAUGACUUCCUGUGAUGCUCUGAGUCUAGCACUGGAUGUGCUCCUGUAUUUAACCAGUUAGUUAUGGAGUAAGUGGCGGAUGCUGUUCUAGUUGACAACAUCCUCCUCUCUGUGACCACCAUCGGAGAGUCUAGCUCCACCCCCUUAAAGAAGCUCAGCUGAUGCAUGAUAGGUAUGACCCUUUGUGGUCAAGCUUCUACUAUAUUUACAAAUACGUUUGAGUUUUCUACUGCAGAAACAUGGCACCUCUUUAUUUGGGAUGAUUUAAGGCUCAUUUAAAGUCAACCAGGACAAAACUGUGUUUCUGUUCAGAUACUUAUAAAUACCAUGCUCCAUGUCUAUCAAGUCUGGACUGUCAAAUAACAUCAAAUAUUACACACUGUACCUUUAAAAGCUCGAAGAAGUGGGUAGAAUAUCAUUGUUGACAACACGAGUGUAAUUCCAGUGUAACCUGUGUUGCUUGUGUUGUUUAUUGUAGGAGCCCUCAGCACAUCGGCAUGCGGCCCAGCAGAGAGGGUGACCAAUGAAGAAGAGGAUUUAUCUCUGAAAAACUAAUGAGCCUUCAUGUCCCUCCUGAUUUGGGCCUUAAAUAACGGACUGAAACGGAUGAAUGGACAUCCAGCUCUUCUCCAGUCUAUUCAGCUUAAUUGAAGCAAAAGCUCCCCUGAUGAUAUGUAUUGAUCCCUUCAGAACAUUUGAAAUGUGAGUAGAUCCAGCUUCAUUUCAUCUUUCCUGCACUGUGCUGGAGCACCACCAAACUAUGGGAACACUAAAGGCCCGGCCUUACGGACUGUUUGUGCCCAAUGGGUGCAUUUGGGGCCCAGCCUGCCCGCUCCCGCUUUGUGACUGUGUGUGCUGCGUGAUACGAUGUGACACUAAGACGUCAUUAUCCUCAUCACUGUGCCAGCCCGCCGCUCUGCACUGGAAACCAGCUCUGACAGCCAUGACCCUCCAACCUGAUUGGACCAGUGACCCCCUCUGACCCUCAGCCAUAGAGAUGGUGCUCAAAUCCACCAACAUUACAUGCAGACCUCUGGAUUACUGUAUUAAUACUCUGACACACAGGUUUUAUCUUACUGCUUCUGUCCCUCUGUCUCUACUUUCUGGCAGCAAAUGAGUCGUAGUAAUUUAGCUCUUUUUUUUUUUGCAUUUUUGCUCUGUUGUAAAAUAUUUCUGUGUUUGAACUCUUUAAAGUUUGACUGGUACGACAUCUUGGGUUCGUUCAGACUGUACCGAUACCUCUGUCCUGAUCAGGUGCACAAUAGCCACAACUACUCAGGCAUCUUUCAUUUCCUCUGCUGUUGAUUGUUCAGCCACUCAGCCCUGAUUCACCUGAUUGUAUUCAGUUUGCACAGAGGGACAGUGACGCCACACGAGGAUCCUGUCAUAAUCAACUCCCUGGAGGGAGACGGGAUUCUGCAGUCUUCAUGCUUUUAGAAGAAAAAAAAAACAAAAACAAACUUUGCAAUAACACUUACCUGUGUUUCUGUUUUCUUCUGACUUUACCUGGUGUCAUACUCUCAAUGACAAACCUCCGAGUUCUGUUUGAAACCAACAGUCUGAGUGGAUUGUGAAUAGAAAGAGUUAUCUCCGAUAAACACCUUGUAAAAGCAAAAACUGUUUGUCCAAGCUGUGUGACAUUUUGGUCGAGUGCUUUCGAGGGUCUAAUUGCUUUAUGACAUUUAGAAGGUGCUUAAAGUUCUGGAUCAAAAAGCCUUUGAGGUCCAUAGGUUGCAGAUAGUGCGUGAGAGCUCUGUGUCCCUCCUCGUGAUGAUUCAGUAUCGCUGCAAUGUAAUAACAGCCGCUCCGUUUUUGAAGCUAACCAUUAAUCCUAUAUGUGUGUGGUAUGACUUGUUGCAUUCUUCACUUCCCUCAGGGACCCUCCACACCGCAGUUUAUCUCUCCACCUGACAGAGAAUGGAUCAGAGACUUCUUAUGAUCUCGUCUUCUUGUUCCCACAAUGAAAUGGGUCAUUGUGCGUUAAAAUCUUCCAAAGUCAAACCUGUUAGUGUAAGCAUGUCAUCUAUCAUAACCUGCUCAAUGUUACCUUCCCCCCCCCUUUAUGAACAGGCCUAGAAAGGUGCAGCUCUGAACGAAGGAGAAGCUCCUGUAAAUGCAAAAGUCAGUGAUGUCUGCUUCUGAGUAAAGUGUCACCAAUCAUUGAAUAGCCUGUAUACCUCGUCAAAGACACAGCAAUAGGCCCUGGUACUCUCCUGUCAAGCCUGCAGGAGGGGGUGGAGAGGGAGGAUCAGGGUGGGAUCGGAGCCAAGAGGAGAUGAAAUGGACAUGACUGGGUGUUUUGUUUCAUCUUCAGCUGUAAAUAUAUGAGUGGAAAUUGAGAGAAUGAAGAAGUCUUUGUUUGUUAAACUAUUUUUAUUGUUCUGAAAAAAUAAAGGAAAAAAAAGAACGGUAACAAUUCAUGCUGGUUUUGUUUUUUUUUGUUUUUUUUGAUGUUUUGUUUUUUAGAAAGACAGAGCGGGGUCAUUCUUGUAUAGGCGGCAGAUAAGCAGAAGAAUCCUAGACUGAAUCAAUAGGUCGCAGCAACCCUCAGACUCUCAGCAGACGAGGGAAAAAAAAACACAACACCUCUUGAGUGUGUGAGAGAGGUGGUGGCUCGGGACUCUAAAUAGGAAUGAGGCAGCAAAAAGAGGCUUCAGCACAACAAGCACCUAUUGAUUGUAAGGUGCUGUUUGAGAAAUCACAAAUGAGUCGGUCGAACCUUGUGGGAGCGGUGGAGUCUGCUCUGUGAGAAAUUUUUAUUUCCAGCACUAUAUGGGCUCUGACUGUUAACUGCAGGUGUAAAGACGGGUUUAGGAUCACAGAGUAAGCUCUUAUGGUUAGAGAAGCUUGUUUCAUGUGAAGCCUAUUGAAUAAGUACAAUUACUUUAUAACAGAGUGGCAGCGGAAUAUUACAGAGGAUCAGCAGAGUGCACGGUGUAAUUCACAGGUAAGCAGUCAGGUUCUGUGUGUUCAGGAGUUGGAUUAUGGUGCAGCCAAGUUAAUACCAACAGGGAUUUUUGUUUCUACGAAAUUUGUCAUGCUCCAAAACUCAUAUUCCACUGACCCCAGGUGCCGCUCAGAAAAUUAAAAUACUCUGAAAAAGGACAACAUUUUCUGUUAGUUUUCAAGAAAAUAAAAACGUAAUAACAUGAAGUAACGUUAUGGAAAUUAUUAUACAAACAGAAUAAACUCUAUGCUUCUCAGCCCCAUGCAGUCCAUGCAACUGAGCUCUGGUUUACAGCAGUUUCAGGACUGGAUAUUGAGACCCAUAUCACCCGACUGUUUAAACAAAGAGGCACAUGGUUAAAAAAGUUGUUCCAGUUGUUCUGAGUCUGAAGGAAAAAAAGAAAUAGAAAUGGAGAGCUGAGGAACUUUUCCUGACUGUGUAGGACCCCUGAGCUCCCUCUUAACUUGGACAGAGUACUGAGCACAUUGCAGGUCUGCUGGGUACUCAUUUAUUUCUAUGUGUAAAGACCUUUUUUAGACACUUACAGAAAUGUAGAGCAUCAUAGAUUGAUGUGCAAGGCCUACUGAGCGGGCAUCUGUACAAAUUUGAAAUACUUCUAGACUCAUUUUUAUGAGCAAGUACUGCGUAGACAAAACAUAAAGUUGUGGUAGACUCGUACACAGCAUUUUUUUAAAAACUGUAUGUAUGCUGUUUUGUUGAUCUCUUAGCAUUUAAAUUAGAUAGAAGGAGGCACUGCUACCAAUGUCACAUUUAUGUCCUGCAUAAAAAACAUAUGCAGUUAUUUGUAGCAGUUAAUGAGCUGUGCCUCUGCUGUGUGUGUGUGUCAAUGGUAAGUUAAUUUGACUGAGUAAACAGACGGGGGAUGUCUCAAUGCACUGUGAGGGAUAUUUUUCUGUUUAAAAGAAACAAAUGACUAAAAUACAUCCUGGAUGUGCAGUUAAAAAUGAAAAAAACCUCACAGCUCUGCAUACAUCCAAUUAAAAAUAGCUUCCCUAGAUUUCACAGGACUUCUUUGAAAGUGCUGAGACUCCCUUACUCCCUCUUCUAAACACACAGUUUCCACCCUGAGAGGUCAAACCAAUUAGCCAUUCAGUCCACCGCUUGCUUCAGAAUUAGAUGAUCAUAAUUAUAAUGAAAUUCAUAAUCUAAUUAAAGCUUUAUAGACAUGCAUAGUGCACACUUUCAUCUGAGGCUUAUAGCUUCAAAGUGUUUCUACAAACACUUGGUCGAUGGUCAUGAAAUUGGACUCUGACUUCAAUGGACAAGAAUUUGGAAAACUUUUUAUAAUCACUUCACUAACUAGUGCCAUGAAUUAAAAAAAUAAAAAAUAAAAUAAUUGUGUCCAAAACUUACACUCAUGUCCAAAAUUAUUGACAUUCCUGCCUGUCAUUUUUAUAUGGGUGAUGUUAGCAAGAGUUGGCUCUACCACAAGUACAAAGAUCGUAGAUUUCUGACUGUAAAUCUUCAUUUAUUUUAGGGCGUCUGUGAUGUGAAUUUUUGUUGACCUUGUUGCACGAAACAUUGAAAAAUCAGAUUCAGACAAGAAAUGAGGAGAGCAGUGCAGACAGGUCCAGAGUUUUUAUUAUUUGGUACCCAUGAAUAGAUAGCAGGUGCUUGAGUGUUUUGGUGUGCCAGUAGUCAUCUUGCUGAUUGAGAAACUAAAAGCACAAAAUGCCCUGAAUAUGUUACAUGCAUAGUAAUGUGCCCAUAUCAUAAUUAUAAUAAUGAUCAUAAUAAUAAUAAUAAUAAUAAUAAUAAAGUGUGCUUUUGGAUAAUGACAUUUAGCCGAUUUACACCUACAACGCAUCCUGUACAUAGUGUCAUAGUGUUUGUGCUGAGAGUAACAUUUGGUACAUUGACUCGAGUUUAGCAUCUCUCUCUACUUUACACUCAAGAGGUUACUGGUUUAUGAUAACAAUGAGGAUUAAUAUGACCUGUACAGUGCAUUGAAAUGACUCUAAUAGAAAAUAAUCAAUGAUUCACUCAUUCAGCAGUGUCACAAUAGCAGUCACUGGCCUCAUGGUGGAGCUGUUGAAACUACAAUCUUCUCAGUUCAAUCGCUCUCUGUCUGCAGAAGAAGUGUGAAGCCACAGUGGAGCGCUGAGGUCUUCAUGGUCAGUGUGUGGCGUCCACGACGGGUCAAACAGUGAUCCCAGUUGCAUUUCAGUGCGUUGAUGUUAGCUCACAGAGGAGUGUUGCUCUGCUAAAGAUGUCUGUCUUUGGAGUUUGACCCUUCUGCUCCUAAGUUCACACUCAGGAUGGUCAAAGAACAUGCACCAGUUUCCUCACAGUCAUUCCAGCACACGACGAUUACAAGGUGGAGAGUCACAGCGUACAAUUUGCCAAACAAAAAGUGGGCAGGUUUGAUAAAAUAUCAAAUCAAAUAGUCAUGCUGUAAAAACAAACCCUGCCAAAAAGUGAUGAUUACUGGGCUGCAGGCCUGUGUUUGUGAUAUCUCCAUAAAUGGAGGAUAAAUACUUUUGACAUCAUGAUGUGACCACAGCUUCACACAGACCUGUAACACUCUGAUGCUGGUCCUGCGGUUUAACCACCACUAGAUGGACCCAUGGCAUUGGAAACUCCCACCUACUCUGGUCUAGAAGGAGCCUGACAAGGAUGCAAAUGCUCUUUCUAGCGUGACUAAAGUGAAACCUCAAAUCACAGCUACUCACAGAGCCAUGUGGGCCGUGUUUGAGUUGAAGCUUCUCAGUUAUUCCCACACACGUUUCAAAUCUGUUAAUUAGAUAGUGCAGAGUGAACAUUUUUAAACUGGAGGCCCGGUUGUCGUGAAAGCAUUGAACUACUUUUCAAACUGGAUUAAAUUCAGCUUUGCACAUAAGUGACAUUACAAAGCACUGCUGUAGAAACAAAAUGUUAAUCCUCAACAAAGACAGCUUUUUGCUGACACGUGCAGGGAGCAGUGUGAAUGCUACAUCAAGCCCUUCUGCCAGAUUUUGGAAUGUAAUGAAGCAUGGAAAUCAUACCUUCACAAACUUCUUCAGUAAAGCUUAUGGGUAAAAACAGACUUGGGAUUCUUGAUUCCUGCCCAAACUUUCUUUCUUUUUUUUUUUUUUAAUGGCAUGUGCUUUUUAAGGAACAGAUAUUAGAAAUUUCAAAGAUAUAAAAGAGUUUGGAUAUAUUCCUAAAAACAGAAAAUAAUUGCCAAACACAUUAUUUAUUGCUGGCUGCUUUGUGAUUACACCAUUGUAUGCAGAGUUUUGUCGUUUUGUAUUCAGUCAUGAUGAUGUGCGUCUUUGACCUUCUGUAUAUCUGAGUAUAUCUGACUGGCCCCAGCUAAAUCAUGGACAACUUUACUAAAAGUUAAUCCAUUAUAGAUGAUGCCGCAAAUGUAUCAAUGAAUACUGUGACGUUACCAGAUAUGUGCUUUUAAUUUGCAACACACAUGUACAGAGAUAAAAUAAAAACAACACAAACAGAUCGGCUUAGUCCACAGUCUGAAGACUAAGUGAUGGAAAGAGGGCAGACCUGGUCUGAAUGUGCUUAUACUGUAUGCUGCAUGCGAUGUGGUGUGAUGUCUGAGGCGUCCCUCUGCCGCUGUUGUCUCUUUUCCUGUCCUGUUUGGGUCCCCAUCAAGCCCAGUGCUUUAGCAGUGCUUCCAGUCAGACAGCAGUCCACCAAGCAGAGUCUGUAAGCCUCCACAGCAGACCUGUCCAGCCCAGCUCCGCUGUCUGUGCCCCCGUGCGGCUGUCGACCCCCCCACAGGGUCUGGCUGUGCCCCAGCAGCACAGGAGGUGUCAGGAUGACUGCAUCAGGCCUGUCAGGCGCUUCCCUGUCAGUGACUUGCCCUGAAAGAUCAAUUAAAACACAUUACAAGACUCAGAUGCUUUAUAAAUCGCACUAAAUCUCACAAAGACAUGGUGCUGUUUUACCUCAAAUUCUCAAAUUACAAUAAAUGAUCAUGUAACUAGCAUGUUAAUCACAAACACAUCCUAUUACAGAUACAAAGAGCCACAAUAGAGUGUAAAAUGGUUAAAAAGCCACUGAUUGUGAGCCAGCCAGUGUGGUUUGUGAUAUGAACAGCCCCAGCUCCAAAUGACUUACCACACUGCGGGUGAACUUCUCCAAGGAGGUGCGGCGGCCCUGCUCAGUGUCUGCUGGCUGCUGUUUUGGGAGGGGGGGAAGCAGGGUGAGUGUUUGGGUCAGGUACGGGUGUAGCGAAGGGGACGGGGGUGAUGUGGUCAGUAGGAGGGGAAAAAAAAGGGGGAAGGCCAAGCAUUGCAAAAAUGAGGGCCGUGGACAAUGUUGGAGUUGCAAUUUUAGAAAAUGGAGCGGGGUCAGUGACAGGCCAGCAGGAGGAGCAGUGUUUGAACAGGAGAGGGCAGAGAGGCUAGCAUGAACACAGGCAGCUGUGAUUCCCUGAAAUGCUCUAGAUUACACAAAACAGCUACAUUUGUUCAGAUUGUGUUGACAUAAAAAAACAACAACACUGAGACAUACUCUCUCCUCCCCUGACAUGUCUACUGUAUGAUCUGCUGCUUGAUCCUCUGCGACACAGCAGUUUGCCUGCACUGGCAUAUCAUGUUUUUAAAACACUUCCCUUGACAUUUUACAUAAUUUAGCAGUUUCCUCGCACCUGCAUCUUGAGCUCAGUGGGUUUGCCUUUGACUGCUCUGUAAACUGUCUCAUCAAAAAGUCAAAUCAUCUAUUGGCAGACCUUUUUUAGAGUUAAUGAAUGCUGCCAAAUGACAUUAUGUACUUGCUUUGUAGUGCAAACCUUUGCCCGGAUUCAAGUAAAAACCCUAAGAUCCUGAAUUAUUAAAAAAUGAUCACUGAUAUAUUUGUUGGACAAGUCUAUAUAUAUAUAACAAUGUUAAGUAAACUCAUCAAUUUGCAUACGACUGCAUAUUAGGGUGGUGGCUGAUUUUAAUUUCAUCAUAUCCUGCUCAGUUUCCUGAUCUCUGGCAUUUUAUUUCAUUAUCUGAUUACACCUACAAGUACACAACUGAGCGUGUCUUUCAUAUAUACAUGCCACAGACUGUAUUAAAAGAUGGAUGACACAACAGUUACCCUGGAGUGAAGCCAAUAAAUGUAGAUUGGCUGCAGUAUAAACCCUGAUCAUACAUGCAAGGGAAAAUUUAUUCACAAUAACUCUUUCAUCAAACUACAAAAGAUUCAUUUAGUGAGUUUUCAUUUAGACAAAACAUGUUUAUGUGUAUUCUAGAAGUCCAGUUUCAGUCCGACUAACACAACGAAUAGAUUUUGUACUGUGUACACAAUGCAGAGAAAUAUAUUUUUUUCAUGUAAAAAGGCUUUAAUCCGGGAGAUUGGGCCCCAAAAGCAAAUGGGCAAGUUGCUGAUGGGACACAUACAGCUGUAAAUCAAUCUUUUGAUGCCACUUUUUGACAGCUUGAUAGCACAUUUAAAGCAAAUAGUGUUCAAAUUAAAAAAUCUAUAAAAAAAAACUUGUUUGAUUAAAAAAUGUCCCCAUUUUCGGACAGG